CUUCAAGCUCAAAAAUAAUGUCGUCCCUCGCGUUAGCAACUAACAUGCAUACAGCCGAGUCAAAUGUCAAUCUCUCCCAGGUAUGGAAUAUCAUCGACGAACUGCAAAUCAUCCUCGCACGUUCAAUGCAUGUGGUGACCAUUCCAGACCUCGAAACCCCGUACUCCCGAGCUAGUUUCCCCAACACGAACUACUUUGGCACCGAGUCCAAAGAUCAGACCAUCAGCGCCAUCAUUACUGAACGCCAACAGCAACGGAAUGCAGUUUUGGACGAGAUCUCAGGCCUAGAAACAGUCAUGCACAGUAUCGACAAUCUUCGCCAGCAACUCGUCGAAAAGAACGACAAGAUCACCCAGUCCAUGAAUUUGCACAAGAGACUUGGAUCGACUCUCUGGCGCUUGCCAACUGAAGUCCUAUCCCAGAUUUUUCAUCUUUGUCUCCCAAAAAUUCCGGCACUCGAUGAAAUCCAGCUGCCAUCGCAGCUAGAAGCUCCCAUGAUGUUGACUGCGGUAUGCCGACGAUGGAGGGAGAUUGCUGUGGACACACCCAGUUUGUGGUGCAACCUUCAUGUGCCAAUCGUCUCCAGAGACCAUUGGGAGGGGCAAGCCUUCUGCUGUCACUCAUGGCUCAAGCGGUCACGAGGUCUUCCAUUAUCGCUAGUUCUUAAAUGCGACGCAGAUGACUCGACCAAGCUACGAAGCCUUCUUCAGCCUUACGUCGACCAAAUAUCGUGUCUCUAUAUCCAUAUCUUCCCAGACGCGGACGAGCCUGAUGUUUUGUUGGAAGACCUCACAGCACUUCAGGACCUGACCAUAGUCAUCGAGGAUCUUGACAUGACACAUGAUACACAAUCUAGUAUCGAUGAAGCUUUUUCACAAUCUAUCUCACAACUGCCAUUCACUAUGCGCAGUCUCAGGGUAGCCGGGUUGUACCUCAACCCCGGUGUCACAUCCUCUGUCAAUCCCGUAUGGGCCCACCUGACAAAUGUCGAGAUUGAGAUAUGUGAACCGAGUGCAUUCCUCCACUUGCUCCAGCUAGGUCCCAACAUCUCCUCGUUGAAAGUUCACGUGGCAUUCGACCAAGCACAUGCUCCUGAGCCAUUCACGCACACCAAACUUCAAUCCUUACGCAUCGCCUUUGAAUACUCAACCAUAAACGCAUUAUUUGGCCUGUUCAAUGUUC